CAGCAUAGUUUACAGUCAUGGUUCUAUUUGAACCCUCCCAUGGACUUUAUGACUAACCUUAACAUUAUUUAUGAAUACUAAUCUGACGUAUUUCAUUUUUGUAUUUCUUUUACCUUGAGCACAAUCUUGGCAUUUUCUUUGGCCAAACUAUAUAUAAACGAAUCCUUUGAUCAGAAUUUGCACCAAACUCAAUCAUCUCAUCAAUACUUGUGUUUUGAUUCGAGAGAAAAGAUGAAGAAAUUAAGCUCAGGAGCUCUUCUUUUUGUGCUACUCUUUCUUGUUACUCAUUUUUCAGAGGCUAGACUUCAAGAGUGCAAGCCAAGUGGCAAAAUAAUUGGAAAAAAGCCUCCCCCUGGACAAUGCAACCAGGAAAACCAAUCUGACUGCUGUAAACAGGGAAAAUCUUACACCACCUACAAAUGUUCACCAUCAGUGUCCGGUAGCACUAAGGCAGUUCUCACGAUUAACAGCUUCGAGAAGGGUGGAGAUGGCGGUGCACCAUCAGAAUGUGACAACAAGUACCACUCCGAUGACACACCAGUUGUCGCUCUGUCAACUGGAUGGUACAGCGGAGGAUCAAGAUGCCUUAACAAUAUCACAAUAACUGCUAAUGGCCGAAGUGUAACUGCUAUGGUGGUUGACGAGUGUGAUUCUACCAUGGGAUGUGAUGACGACCAUGAUUAUCAACCUCCAUGUGAUAAUAACAUUGUCGAUGCCUCUAAAGCUGUAUGGAAAGCCUUAGGAGUAUCUGGCAAUGUGGGCGAGUUGGAUAUCACCUGGUCCGAUGCCUAGUACUAAAUCGUAAAAUUUAGUUAUCUAUUAUCUAUUGUCUAGAUCACUGUUUUAUGAUUUGGUUUGUAUUGUAAAUUUCUUAUUGCGUGAAUGAUGAAAAUAUAUCUUUGUAUAAUGAA